AUGCCUGUACUCGGCCUGAUGCCUGUACGCGGCCUGAUGCCUCUACUCGUCCUGAAGUCUCUACUCAGCCUGAUGCCUGUACUCAGCCUGAUGCCUCUACUCAGCCUGAUGCCUCAUGAUGAACUGAUCCAGCCUGACGAUCCUAUUAGGCCAGUUGACUCGAUGCCCGCUGUUGAUCCAGAUGAUCCGGUACCUGAUCCGGUGCCCGCUGUCGUGCCAAUUGACUCAGAGCCCGCUGUCGUACCUGGUGACUCGGUGCCCACUGCCGUACCCGCUGGCGAGCCAAAUGACCUGAUGCCUGGUGACCCAGUGCCCGCUGUCAUACCUGGUGACCCGAUGCCCGCUGUCGAGCCAGACGAUCUAAUGCCUGAUGACGCGGUGCCCGCUGGCAAGCCAAAUGACCUGAUGCCUGGUGACCCAGUGCCCGCUGUCAUACCUGGUGACCCGAUGCCCGCUGUCGAGCCAGACAACCCGGUACCUGAUGACCCGGUGCCCACUGUCGUGCCUGUUGACUCGGAGCCCACUGCCUUGCCAGAUGACGCGGUGCCCGCUGUCGAGCCAAAUGACCUGAUGCCUGGUGACCCGAUGCCCGCUGUCCAGCCAGACGAUUCAAUGUCUGCCCCA